AUGGUUCGUGACCUGCACACACCACACACCACACCGCAAGCGCAUGCACGAGCUCGUCCUCCACACACACCUGCGGCUUUUGAAAAUUCGCUCUCUCUCCUCUCUCUCUCUCUCUCAAAGCUAUCUCUCUCUCAAAGCUCUCAAAGCUAUCUCUCUCUCUCUCUCAAAGCUCUCAAAGCUAUCUCUCUCUCUUUCAAAGCUCUCAAAGCUAUCUCUCUCUCUCAAAGCUAUCUCUCUCUCUCUCUCUCAAAGCUCUCAAAGCUCGCUCUCUCUCUCUCUCUCUCUCUCUCUCUCUCACUCAAGCUCUCUCUCUCUCAAACUCUCAAGCUCUCUCUCUCUCUCAAGCUCUCUCAAGCUCUCAAGCUCUCUCUCUCUCUUUCCAACGUGCAUGGCGAUGACUCGCUCUUCAUACUCGAAACACAUGAGAACAAUGCUCACACUCACCGCACACUCAAAACUCAAAAACUCAAACGCUGACCACACAAUGAUGGCGCGAGGCAGACAACACUAGGCUUGGUAAACGCAAAGUCGCACAAAAAAUAAGAAAGCAAAAAUGCCAAAGCUCGCCAGCUAAUCGCGAAGAAGCACAUUCUCCCACAGCGCACGACGGAAGGCCUUCUCUUCGUCACUGAGCCCUUUCAAGUAACGAGUGAUCCGCCUUUUCAGUCGAGCUCGGGCCGCGCUUAAAUCCGCUGCAAACUUUUGGUGCAGCUGUUCAAGUUGUCCAUGCCAAAAAUCGUAAGCAGCGUCACUGUAAUAAAUGCUGGGAUUCCAUGGCACAAGAGACUCGCGACGACGCCCAUCAAACCUAGGUUUUGGAAAAAUUUGCUGCAGUCGUUUUUCUGGUUGGUUGAACAAUUCGUAAAGACGAGAAAGCUUCUGAUCGUUACAGAUGCAGCAUCUUGGAAUCCUCAACACAAGGUCGCUGAGCU